AUGAUCUAUGUGUUCUUGGUAGACACAAGUGUGUCCAUGAACACUAUGUUUUCAGACAGACUAUCUGUACUGGAGGUUGCCAAGGCUGGAGUUGAGCAUUUUUUCAAGUGGGAGCUUCGCAAACCACAACGGAAUAACAACAAAUACAUGCUGGUCACGUACCAAGAUUUUCCUGCAGGGUUUAAAUCGAUUCUUACAGAUGACGAAAAAGUUUUAUUAGAGGCCACAAAAACCUUGAAAGCUACUGAUAUGUCAACAGCCGGACCAGCCAUGGCAUCUAUAUUUGACUAUUUAGCUGCUUAUCGUUUACGUAACAAAAUAGAUCCACCUGGCGUGGGUCGGUUUCCUGGAGGUCAUGAAUCUACACUUAUUUUUUGGUUUACUGACGGUUCAGGAUAUAGUGGACCAGCAGGCGUUGAAGACAACAUCAAUAUUCCUGGAUCGCGACUGAGUGGUUUGGAAUAUUCCGUUGAGCCAUUUAGAUGGGAGCAACGACUGUAUACAAUCGCUCUAAUGCCAGAAUCAGUUCCUGUUUCGUCACAUCUUACAGCCAUGAGUGAUGUCAUGGGAGGAAAAUUAUGGAAAAUUAGUUCGUCAAGACAUUUGCUAAAGUGUAUAGAAAACUGUCUUGGGGCUAAACAACAAAACGCUACAAAUCAAGGAAUUCCUCCAUUGCAUCCCAUCUCACAUAUUGAAGGCGUUUCAGUGAUCAUGGCGCCUCAUCCAGCAAAUUCCACGCCAAAAUUCAAUCAAGAAAUGCUGUUCAUCUAUGCAAACAUCACUGCAUCAAAGUGGUUUCCUAUUCCAGAGUCGUAUUGGCCUGAGAGUAUGCUCAGUAAAGAUAUACUUCGUCUUCCAAGAAGAAAAGCACACCCAACAAUCAUGGUACUACAAAGAGAUGAGUACCACUCAAUUUACGACGGGUUUCCUGUGGAUCGGUUUAGCAUGGAGCAAACUAGUCUAUGCCAAGAGUUGCUCAAAAAACGUGCUGGCACAUGCUGGACAAUUUUUAUUGAGAAUAGUCACCACCAGCCAGGACCUGGGCUCCCCUUUGGGUUUUUAAAAGUUAGCGGAGCAGGAAACUCGGUCAAUAUCUACAUCCUUCCCUACAACUUUCCUAAGCUAUUUAAACUUUUAAACGAUGCCAAAAACUUUCGAAAUGGCGCAAUUCCAGACAUAUGGACACAAGCAUUCAUACUGUAUAUGCGAAGCGUGCCAUGCUACUAUCAUCAGCCCAUUCGAAAUGCUUUAAACCAUUUGAAUCUGUGGUACUUGUGGCCAAAAAAUUUUGCUGUGCCAUUGGUCAUGUCAAAAAUAGUCGAUUUGGGAGAAAAGAUUGCUCGGCAGGCACAUAUGGAACACCAAAAACUGGUUUCAUCAAUCAUGCAGCUUCGGGAUACGGGAAAGGCUAAACAAUUACAAAAAAAAGUUGAUGUGGGAUUGAAUCUUUCUCAAACUGCAAAUUCAUCUGAUUUAAUUGGCACUUUGGGAACAACCAAGGGAAAAAACGAUGUUUCUGAUAUCAAGAUUGCUGAAAAUGUGUUUGAUGUGCCCAAAUCUGGCAUGCUUGGAAUACUCGACAAUGCACUGAAACUCAUAUUUGCGCCAAGUAAAGCACUUGGUGUAUCAGGCCGUAGGCUUUCCCAGCGCGAUCAAGAUGCGUUGCACACCUUGCCAAUCUCACAAAUGGGUAACUAUACAUCGGCCAUGAAUGCUAUGCAGAUAUUACGAAAUCCUCUCGAGGAUGAAAAUGAAGCUGCUGAGCGCGAGCGUACUCUAUUUGGCAAUCCCUAUGCAAAACGACAACCUACUCCACCACCACCUACAUCAUCAAACAAGGGAAUACCUAUUGAUCCCGUAUCCACAUCUAUGGAUGAAGCAGACGAAGAAGCCUCGCAGUUUAAUGAUGGAGAGGGAGGUGAGCUGCCACUUGUGCCUUCCAUGGAGUCGCCCAGCUCAGCGUUACGGCGAAGAAGACUUUAUCCACGCAGACGAUCCAUAUCUACCUCUUCUGUGGGAUCUUCUGGAAAAUAUGAUCCCUGUACACCCGGUUCACCUUUUUCCGUAGCCUCUAGUAGCAUAUCAACGACUUCCAGUACUUUUUCGAUUGCAAAAGUACCGCGAUUGACUCAUGCUACUAUGCCUGUAAUCCUUGUUCCACAGCUGAAAUAUCUGGAAUGGAAUCACAUUGCAAGUGGAAAAUUUGAUUUGGCAAAACAAAUGAUAGAUAUCAGAAAUUGUUCUCGGCCUUUUCUGGAUUCCAAUGCAUCCAAGCAAUCUUCAGAUAAUCAUACACUGAGCUUGGAAAAAAGUGUAGAUAAAAUGAUUCCAAGCCAAACCUUGCCUGUUGAGCCCACUGAUGACACGCUUCAAGAUGCUGAUUUGUUGUUGGAUACUGCUCCGACUGAUAUCAUGUCAAAAGACAUUCCACAAUCAUCGCCAGAUGAUCCAAGUCUUGGUGCAUUGAAUACGAGCUCAAAAAACAACACAUCUGAGACUUUACCAGCAGAAUUAUGGGAAACGUUGGAUACCAUAUCUGAUGUAGGAUUAAAUGAGUACGAUCCAGCGAUGCAGAUGGAUAGUGUAUAUCCUGAUUCGUGCAAUGACCUGAAUUCGGGGACAGAUACAGAGUCGCUACUAAAACGAAGACUGGACUUUCCAAGUAUGUCUGAAACUAAAAUAGCACGAAAAGAUAGUACAAUGAAUAUCCCUGAGCGUAAUUUGACAUCAAUAGUCAGCUGGGAUGCCAAUCUUAAAUCAUGGCCAGAUAUUCGUUUGCAUCUUCAUAGACUGAUUGCAAAAUGGCCUAGUGAAUAUAAUGAGUUGUAUACAUGCUUAAAUAUGGAUAAACUUGCUGUGACUGAUAUUCUUGAUGAUGAUCAGAAAAAAAAGGGUCUUGCGCAUUUCUACCAAGUGGCAAAGUCAUUUAAACGAUAUUCACUUGCUCAGCAUAUUGAAAAUAUUAUUGCUGGUCAGUUGGAUUAA